GUUGGCUUCCCUGUCGCCUUCCCUCACAUCGUUAUCAACUACCGUCUCUCCCGAGCUGCUCUGCUUCCUUUGCACAUCUUCACACAAUAAAGCCGGCACCUUAUUUUUCCCACCAAAUGUGAGAAACUACCACAACAAUUCACUCAACAUUAAAUUCCGGUACCGGCUCUCCGGUGAUGUUGCCGGAAAUACCAGCUGCUCCACCGCCUGUUUCCUAAUUUCUCCUUACCGGGAUUUGAUCUCCGGCCCGCAUUAUCUUAAUCACUAUGCCUCGGUCGUCAAACCCGUCCCUGAACCUGAAACAACGGGUUUUCGCUUGCCUCACUAAGCUUUCCGACCGAGACACACAGUUGCUCGCUGCUGCUGAGCUUGAGUCCAUCGCUCGGAACCUCGAUCCGAACUCUCUGUCGGUUUUUCUCUCCAGCAUACAUUCCACCGAUGCGUCGGAUAAACCUGCCGUUCGGAGACAAUGCGUGCGAGUCUUGGAGGUACUGUGUGAGACGCAUGGAAAUUCGCUCUCUCCUUAUCUUUCAAAAAUUCUUGGCAAUAUAAUUCGUCGGUUCCGUGACCCCGAUUCGUCGGUCCGAUCCGCUUGUGUGAAUUCCGUUUUGGCAUUGUCGACUCACGUCACGAAGCAACCGUUUUCCUCUUUUCUAAAAGCGUUAGCGGAGGCCCUGUUCACCGAGCAGGACCAUAAUUCGCAGAUGGCUGCGGCGCUUUGUUUGGCUUCUGCCAUUGAUGCCGUUCCGGAUCCGGAGCCGGCGAGAUUGAUGAAGCUCUUGCCCAGGUUCGAGAAGUUACUGAAGUGCGAGGGAUUUAAGGCAAAGCCGGCGCUGUUGACGCUGAUCGGAAGCGUUAUUGAGGUUGGUGCGGCAUCGAGUCCUGGGGCUUUGAUAAACUUGGUUCCUUGCAUGGUGGAAUUCUUGAGUAACAAAGAUUGGGCUGCAAGGAAGGCUGCGGCCGAGGCGUUGAUGAAGUUGGCAACAGUGGAAAGGGAAAUAUUAUCCGAAUACAAGGAGAGAUAUCUGAAAGUUUUCGAGAAUCGACGAUUUGAUAAGGUGAAGGUUGUUCGGGAAGUCCUGAAUCAGAUGCUGGAAGCGUGGAAGCAGAUACCUGAUCUUUCCGAUGAAUUUUCUCCACCUCCUCAAUCACAAGCUUCUUCCAAAGAGAAUGCAAGUGAUGGGCGCUAUCCACCAGUCGUGCAGAGUUCAUGCGCUCCUGGUUCUGUAGUGUCUCAAUUUCGGAAAAAAUCCGUUUCAGUUAGCAGAUCUACCCCCCCGGCCAGUUAUACUGCUAGCAAAACUAAGAAGAUUAGUCCCUUGAGUAGUAACAAGAGAAUGAACCCAAAUGUGCCCCGAAAGCCGAACCAUAAGAAUUGGGAUGUUCAAAUAACUGUGCCGGACGCUCCCUCUGCGGCUUACCGGGGUGAUUCUGCAGACAGGGACGAGUUUAUCAUGGAAAGAAGCAAAAAAGAGAAGACACGGUUUUCAAAGCCAGAAAUGAGAAGGGCUCUUUUUGGUAAAAACACUGAUGAAAAAUUUCACAAGUUUGGUGGGUCCAAAAAUGGAUCUCGUGUGGUUCCCUGCCAUGAAGACAGUGAAGAUUCUGUUGCUGUUAGUAAUGUCGCCAAAGAUCAAAACAAGAAUGACAAAGAGUGCGAAGAUUUAUCUUUGAUCCGCAACCAGUUAUCUGAAAUUGAAAAGCAGCAAUCGAGUUUGCUUGAUCUUCUGCAGAGAUUCAUUGGAAGCUCACAAAACGGAAUGCAAUCUCUGGAGACUCGUGUGCAUGGCCUCGAGUUGGCAUUAGAUGAGAUCUCUUAUGAUUUAGCUGUAUCAAGUGGAAGGAUGACCAAUGCUGAUGCUCCCGGGAGGACUUGUUGCUUGCUGUCUGGUGCAGAAUUUUUAAGCUCCAAGUUCUGGAGGAAAUCACAGGGCCGGUAUUCAUCCUCCUCGAUCUCUAGAUCUGCAGGCACUCCAUCACUAGCUGCCAUGCACUACGGAGCUGACAAGCAUGGCAGUACUGAAAGAAAUCACAGAUUAAGGUUCCGUGGUGAUCGAGGUUUCAUCACUAAUCCUCUGGCAGAGGUUCAUCUGAACUCAAGAGAGACAUCAAAUAUUGCACAUGAGUAAAACCAGCUGAAACAAUAGGUUCACUUACCACUUCAUGAAGCUUCUAUUUCUUCAAGCCUCCUCUUCUGUAGCCGCUAGAUGAGGCCCAUUUAGUCUUUAGGCACUAUCGCCCAUCGAUUACAGACUUGCGAAUGAGAUUAGCAACGCCAGUUAAUGCAACUCUUUUACACAUGCGGUAUAAUUAUUCUGCACUGCUAUCUGUUUUUGGCAGAAAUGCUACGCGAUCUGGAUCCCUAUUUAGAUCUUUUGAUUCCGAAUCAGCUUGUUGGAAGAUCCCUUGAUCAAGGAGACGCGAUAAUGAUCUUUAUGAGGUUAUUGUGAAGUAUCAUCAAGAGCAAUACUUGGCGUCGAUUCACUGUUGAAGGGGUCUGGGAACUAGUACAUAAAUUCACGUUACUGCAAAAUUUCCUGAGUAUUCGUUGUUGAUCAUUGAUUCUUGGACAGGGCAGAUUGGAUGGAGCUUGCCGCCAGAUACCCGCUUUCAGAGUUCAGAGAGGGUUGAUGAGUCUAGUAUACAGGGUUGGCAGGCUGCUUAACCCUUUUUUUUUUUUGGGGCUUUUUUAUGAUUAAUAUUUAAUAUUUAAUUGCCAGAUUAUAUUCCGGUUAUGUUAAAAAUGUUAACUAGGACUGCACCUAUACAAUUUCGUAAUUUGAUAGCAAUGCCUGUUCUCUUCC